AAUCUUGUUCAUUCACUGAUACGUGACCUGCAAUACAAUGGGAGUCUGCAGUGUUCAGUUCUGCAUCACAGACAAGAAAGCUUUCCACAUAGCACUGUAUCAGAAAUGGACAUUCCUCUAGAAAGUGCGCUGCAGCCAGGGCUUACACCUUUAACACCCAAGGAGCACAGAAAAAUAUCAUCACUGGCCUCUCAGCUCUCAAGGCAUGUUAUGCUUCCAAAGGAAUUGGCAAAACAGGUACCAAAGACACAUCUAAUGUCUGAAGAAGAGUGGAGGAGACUUGGCGUUCAACAAAGCCUUGGUUGGGUUCAUUACAUGAUUCAUGAACCAGAACCUCACAUACUCCUAUUUAGAAGGCCUCUUCCAAAAGACCAACAGAAAUGA